CAUAUUACCAGAGUCCCCCCGGUGGCUACUGCACACCAGGAGGUGGAGGGAGGCGGAGAAAGAGCUGCAGAGAGCGGCCAGGUGGAACGGCAGGAAGACCUCAGACUGCAGUUGGAUCCUCUCCACCAUCUCCCAGAUGAAGGCUGAGGUGGAAGACAAGGACACGAGCAGCCUAGCCACUAAACAGCAGGAGGUACAGAGCAGCACGAGACGCACAGCUCGCUCUCCAUGCUUCGCCAAGUGCAGGGGAGUGUUUGGUCAGCUGCUGGUCUUCGUACGGACCCCCAUGCUCAGGAAGAUCUCCCUGGUCAUGUACUUCAAUUGGCUCGUCUGCACUAUGGUCUACUACGGCAUCUCCCUCAACUCUGCAAACUUCAGCGUGGAUCCCUUCCUGUACAUGUUCCUGGGAGGGCUGAUGGAGCUGCCUUCCUACACCCUCAUCAUCCCCUUCGUCGCCAAGUUCGGUAGGAAAAUCCCUCUGGCUGGAUUCUUCAUCCUGUGUGGGAUGGCCAUCCUCGUCCUCCUGUUGGUGCAGGAUCAUCGUAGCAGCUGGUGGUUCUUGGGGCUGGUGAUGGUGGGCAAGUUCUUCAUCACGUCGGCCUACCAGGUGAUCUACCUCUACUCCUGCGAGCUCUACCCGACCUCUCUUAGGACCCGAGGCCUGGGCGUCUCCUCGAUGAUAGGACGUGUCGGCUCCAUCAUCUCUCCCUUCAUCAAUGACUUGUUGGGCAUGUACCACUGGGCCAUCCCCAGUACCAUCUUCGGCUUGCUGAGCGUGGCGGCCGGGCUCCUCACAUGCAUCCUCCCUGAAACCAACAGAAAGGCCCUUCCUGACACCAUCGAGGACGUGGAGACGUGGCGCCUUCCGACUUCCAGCAGGAAGGCGAGCAUUGUAGACGACGGUGCAAGGAAAGGGGUCGAGGAGGGAGAUGACCAACGGGAAUCAUCGUGGCUUAACCCUUCCACAACCUUCGUCUAGCACACGUCUCCUGCCUGGUGAAGCAGUAGCUGUAGCAUCAAUAACAAAUACAUCAAUAGCAGCAGCACCAGUAUCAAGAAUAACAGCACCAGCAACAAAUACAGCAGCAUCAAUUGCAUCUACAGCAUCAUCAAUAGCACUAGCAUCAGUAUAAAUUACUUCCAACACAUCACAUUAGAACCCAGUUUUCCUAAGAAAACUACCGGUGUACCUAGGCUUAUGCAACUACUAAUUAAUAGUUACUCAGACCAACAGCACAUUAGAAACCAACAGACAUUAGAAAUAGUUUCAAUGUCAGAGUUAAUCGAUGGAAUGCAUUAGGCAGUGAUGUGGUGGAGGCAGACUCCAUAUACACACUUUCAAAUGUAGAUCCGAUAGAGCCCAAUAAGCUGAGGAAUCUGUACACCAGUUGAUAGAUAAUAGAGAAGCGGGACCAAAGAGCCAAAACUCAACCCCUACAAGCACAUUUAUGCGAGUACAUUUAAGUCUGUUUAAUUACCAGUCGACCGGCCGCCAUAUACUCAUCAGCUGUGUAAUUUGCCAAUUAGCGUGUUACUACACUACACACACAAAUCACAAUUGCGUGAUGCAUCAAAUGAACAAAUCCACAAGGGCCGUGACGUGGAUUCGAACCUGCGUCCGAGAGCAUCCCAGACGCUGCCUUAAUCGACUGAGC